AUGCUUCCUGCUAGAAAAGUUUCCAGUUUAACUGGACUUGAUCCGAUUAGCCCAUUGUCGACAAAUGUUUGCCGAAUUUUGGGUCAAAAUCCAGGACCAUUUACGCUUCAAGGAACUAAUACGUAUUUGGUCGGAGCCACUGAAGAGAAAAUUCUAAUUGAUUGUGGUGACAGUGGAGUAAAGCAGUACAUUGAUUAUUUGAGGAAAGCAUUGGGUAAUAAUAGAAUAAAAUCAAUUAUUUGUACACAUUGGCAUAAUGAUCAUGUUGGCGGUAUACCGGAUAUUUUCAAACAUGUAACGAACGGACCAGUACCAGUUCACAAACUUGAAAGAACAGAUUCGCCAGAGGCUAGACAGUCGGCUAUAAAUGUAGCAUUUUGUAAAAUUGUUUUAUGUAUUGCAACACCUGGGCAUACAUGCGAUCAUAUCUCACUUUACUUUGAAGAAGAAAAUAGUCUCUUCAGCGGUGAUUGCAUACUUGGUGAGAGUAGUUCGGUAUUUGAGGAUCUGUAUGAUUAUAUGCAUUCGUUGGAAAAACUAUCGAAACUUAGCAUUACUAGGAUAUAUCCAGGGCAUGGACCAAUUAUCGAGAAAGGUUUGGAGAAAAUUCAUGAAUAUAUAACACAUCGGAAGAAGCGAGAAGACGAAAUAUUAAAAAUAUUGGAAAAUAAGGCACCGGCAUCUAGCAUGCAGAUUACCAAUUUAAUUUAUAAAAUAAGUUUUCUCAGUGCUUCUUUUGAUAAAUCCUGA